AUGGCGUGGAGGGUGGUAGCGGUGAUAACGUGCGCGACGUCGUGGACGUGGGCGACGGUGUCGGCGAACGCCGUGACGUUGAUCGGCGCCGGCGCGUCCUUUCCGGCGAGCGUGUACGGAGAGGCGAUGAGCGCGUACGCGCAGGCGACGGCGAACGUGACGGUGACGUAUAACUCAUUUGGAAGUGGAAGUGGAUUGUGUCGAAUACAAAACGCCAGCGUAGAUUUCGCGUGCAGUGACGCGUUGUUGAAUGAUACGGCGUACGCGGCGUACCCCGAUUUACAGAUGUACCCCGUCAUCGCAGGAGCGGUGGCGUUGGUGUACAAUCUCCCAGACUCUACGUAUAGCGGCACGGCGACGGUGCUUAAAUUCCUUAAAUUCGACGCCAACGCCUUGUUGGGGGUGUUUUUGGGAAAUAUCACGCGUUGGAACGACGCCGCGAUAACGGCGUUGAAUCCGACGAUGACGCUUCCGAACGAGUUGAUCAAAAUAGUGGUGCGUCAAGACAGUUCUGGGACGACGGAGGCUUGGACAAGUGCUUUAUCGACGAUGAAUGCAUCUUUUGCGAGCGGGGUGGGGACGUCAAAGCUACCCGACUGGUCCGCGGUGUUGUCGAGUUACGUGACGAGAUCUCAAGGGAUCGGUGUCACGUCCUACGUCAAGGCGACGAAUUACUCGUUGGGCUAU